AUGUCCGUUCAGGGCAUGAGGCUUUCAAAGGUUGCUCCCAAGGGCUUUUGUGCCGCAUUACAAAACGCCAAAAGCCUCGAAUCAGAACGCUGCGCCCAGGCGACUUUCUUUGUAUGGCCGAACAUGACGUACUUGGCCAUGGAUCGACAAAAGAUCCAGCGAGACCGACGGGAGACCGGCACAAAGAGAAACGUGGUUUUCAUUUCAUAUUUCAGGUCCUUUAGCGAAGUCCCCAACGUCUCGGCAAACGGGUUCGGUCCAUUAACAAUGCUCUGGACCGCGAAGUCCGCAGUCGAUCCGGGGCGGUAG